AUGAAAAAUCUUACCGAGCUUGAAGAGUGGGGUCAAGCGCAUCGGUGCGACACCGCCGAGGCAUUUUUUACCGUGGCUUAUGCACAUGAGUUGCGGGUCUUGACCAGUGUGGUACUCCAACACACCAUUCCCAGGGUGCUGGUGUCUGAUCAAAUCGCGACGGACACGAGUCCAGGACUUUGGGCAGUCUGCCCCAUUUCAACAGAGGUCCUCGAGAAGGCAUUGACGGUGUAA